AUGCUGUUCCUUCACGGCGGCUCGUACAUGGAGGGCACCGGGAACAUGUUCGACGCCAGCGUGCUCGCCGCCUACGGCAACGUCAUCGUGGUCACCAUGAACUACAGGCUCGGCGUGCUGGGUGAGUCUGUGAGGGAGGGGCUGGGUGAGUCUGUGAGGGAGGGGCUGGGUGAGUCUGUGAGAGGGGCUGGUUUUGACGACCUGUCCGGCCGCAUCUCUCCCAUCCUCUUCUGCCUCUUCAUUCAUCCCGAGUCCUUUCCGGUCCGUAACCCCGGCGACGACCCCCCCAUCCAUCACCGUACCGUCCUGUCUCCUCCGCUCACUGUGCAUAUGUCAGCGGGAUUAAUAUGUGUCCUCACGUCCCGCCGUCACCCUGCCUGCCCCCGCCAUCCAUCUCCCACUGUCCCAGACCGCCACCCGCGCUCCUGCAGAAGAAAGAAGUCACAGUUUAUAAUGUGA